GUUUCGAUUUCCAGACCCAAGUAAAUAAUUCCAGUUUCAGUUUCUGGCAGCCAAGGAGAGCUGAAUUACAAGCUGCAGACAGACCAAGCACGGAACUGGCACAAGUAAGGGAACUCCCUGUCUGCCCCUACACUGUCCUCCCCUCUCCCCUCUGCCAUCAGAGAAAAACCCCUGGAGAAAGGCUGCCAAGUGCCCCCUUCCUGUGCCAGGGGACAGGGGAGCAGAAAGGCUUUAUUAGCUUGCCCCGCCUAGGCCUGCAGGGAUGGAGCUCUCGUGGGACCUGUAUGAAACGCCCGGUGAUGAGCUGGAAGCUUUUGUGAGGCACAUCCUGCUGCCCCAGAGGGAUUGGAAGGAGGAGGUGCAGGACGCCUGGCAGAGGAUCUGCAAAUUCCUGCAGCACCAGUGCUUUGAAGAUGAGCUAGUGCUGGACCAGGAAGUCAGGGUGCUAAAGGUGGUGAAGGGUGGCUCCUCGGGGAAGGGGACGACCCUGAACCAGAGCUCCGACCUGGACGUGAUCCUGUUCCUGAGCUGCUUCUCCAGUUUCCAGAGCCAGCAGUUGCUCCGUGAUGGCAUCAUCAGCUUUAUGGAGGACAAGCUGGAACGCUGCGGCAGAAGCCUGGCCUACCAAGUCAAAGUAGCCUCACACAAAGGGCCCAGGCCUGCUCGCUCCUUGUCCCUCCAGCUCCAGUCCAAGAAGAGCAGUAGGGUCAUCCGCAUGGACCUGCUUCCUGCUUUCGAUGUUCUGGGAUCCCUAUGCCCGGACUCAAAACCAGCACCAGACAUCUAUGAAGAUUUAAUAAACAGCAGCAGUUACCCAGGGGAGUUCUCACCAAGCUUCACAGUGAUACAAAGGCACUUUGUGAAAAGCCGUCCCAUUAAACUGAAGAAUCUUCUGCAACUAGUGAAAUUCUGGUACCUGAAGUAUUUGAAGGAAAAACAUCGAAAAGUAACAUUGCCUUCAAAAUAUGCCCUGGAGCUGCUGACCAUCUACGCCUGGGAAAUGGGCACAGAAGAGAGUGAGAGCUUCGACUUGGACACAGGGCUCGUGGCUGUGAUGGAGCUCCUCCGAGAUUACAAAAACAUCUGCAUCUAUUGGACCAAGUACUAUGAUUUCCAAAACCAGACCGUCCGCAACUGUAUCAAGCAACAGCUGAAGGAGUGCAGACCUGUCAUCCUGGACCCGGCUGACCCCACUAACAACCUGGGAAGGAAGAGAAAUUGGGACGUCGUGGCCAAAGAAGCCACCUACUGCCUGCGACAAGCGUGCUGUCAGACCGUAGACCACAGCCAGCGCUGGCACGUGCCGAGAGCGAGGGACGUGCAGGUGACCGUGAAGCAGACAGGACAGGAGACCUGGAGCAUUUCGGUGCCCCCAUACAACCCCAUCUGGAGGAUGAAGGCUGAGAUCAAGAAGAGGAACUUGGUCUUCGGAGAGCAACGUCUUUCCUUUCAGGAGCCAGGAGGAGAGCGGAAGCUGCUUAGCAGCCACAGGAGCCUGGGAGACUACGGCAUCUUCUCCAAGGUGACCAUCCGGGUGCUGGAUACCUUUCCACCUCAGAUCCAGGUGUUUGUGAAGGAUGCCAGCGGCCAGAGCACACCUUAUGCCAUCUACCCGGACGACACCAUCCUUUGCCUGAAAGGAGAGAUUGAGGGUGCCGGCGGGCCGCGCGUGGAGGACCAGGUGCUAAAGUUCCAGGGCCGGAAGCUGCGCGACCAUCACAACUUCACAAGCCUGGAGAUCAAAGACAGUGACACCAUCACGCUGGAAAGGAAAGAUCUGAGGGCCCAGCCAUAUAAUCUCUUCUAAUACGAGACUUAUCCCUAUAUAGGAAACCUAGCAAUGCUUGGGAUCAAUCUAAGCCAGUAUGACCAAAAUAGCAUGAAGAUUUCCCUUUAAAAAAAAAAAAAAUAGAGCUACAACCAUCACUCUGAUCCCGCAACCCCACUCCUGGGCUUACACAUCCUGAACACAUGAGCUCAUUGUAUCAAUUAGAAGUUGUUCCACUCUGCACAUAGCAGUUCUUUCCACAGCGGCCGAGAUUGGGGAUCAACCAAGGUGUCCCUGAUCAGGUGAAAGGAAAAAGAAAACGGGGUCUAAGUCUACCAUGGAAUAUUACCCAGCCAUGAGAAAGGCUGCGAUCUUGUUGUUGGCAACCAAACCAGUGGAGCUAGAGGACACUGCAUGUCAAGUGACAUAAGCCAAACAUAAAGACAAACACUGCAUGUUCUCCCUCCUAUGUGGGACCAAAACCAGACCAAUUGAACACAGAAUGGUGAUUACUUGCUGUUGGGAGGGCGUGGGAAGGGGAUAGGAGUUUGGAUUGUAAAAAAAAAAAAAAAAGCAACUAGAUGUGGUUCGUUGUUUGUGACACCUGUAUGGUGCUAACAGAAAAUGUCAGCAACAGGGGACGCUGGGUGUCACUUCUGCGGUGUCUGUACUGCUUUGUCAACUUCUUGCCUCAUGUAUUCAAAGCUAUUCUGACAUAAAAGGUCUUGAAAAAUC